AAUUUUUGAUGUUGGUCUAAAUAAUAAAUUGGCAAUUGGGACAUAAAUAAUAUUAAUUGCAAAUCACUCACCUUGCUGGACAAGUGCUGGAAUAUUCUAUAGAGCCAUGAAGUACAGAACAUUUUAUUUGGUCACUGUUUUGGUAAUUUUGGGGGUGCUGGUGGUUGAGCACAAGGCGGAGGAAGAAGAAGGAGAAAGUUCGGAAGUGGUGGACUCCUUGGAUUGGCACGAGUCUGUCUGUGUCGACCUCAACGGGGGGUACGGCCGGAAACCUGAUUUGGGAAUGACUUGCUGCAAAAACCAGACACUCUCACUGCCUACGGGUCUAGUCGAAAAUUUGUAUACGAAUUUUCAAUUGAUUAAUUGUGCCAAGGAUGUGGAAUCAAAAAGCAGUGAUUUAGCAACAACAUUGUGGAACGUUACGUUUUGUGUCUUCAAAAAUUCCUCGGCAUUCCCUCAAAAUAAGAUUACAUUUCCAAAUUUUUUGAAAUUUAUGACUACUGCGUAUCCAAAAGAUAUUGUUAAGGAACUCGAGACCAGUUCAAGCAAUUGUGAAAAAGAUGCGUCUAAAGAAAAAAAAACGAUAGCAAAGCUGAGAAAGUUUUUUGAAUGUUUUCAUAAACAUGAGAAAAAGGUGUGUGAUAAACCAUAUAAAUCUCCUAUUGUUUCUGAGAAAGAUAAGUUUGACAAGAAGCACGACUGUUCUGAGAUGGUGGGACUAAAUGGAGAUGAAAGGCGAAAAUAUUGUUGCAAAAAGCAAAGUAUUCCUUAUAACUUUCUCCAAUUUUAUCAAAUGUUCCCUCAAGAAGAAGAGCAUCAGCAAAUGUCUGAAAAUUGUUCAGAGUCCUUUAAAACCAAACAAUUAGAAUUGGAUCCAGAGUUGAAAAAAGCAAUCGAAAAAUUGGACAAUAGUUUUGAUGAGAGUCUUAAUAACACUUCAGAUGAGUCAGGUUCAAAUCCCAGAGAACUGCUCAUUAAUUGUGAGGUGGCAUGUUCCAUUCUAUCAUCAAACGAUUACUCUAUCAAGCACUUGGUAAUAAAUUUUGAUCAAAUUAUCACAAAUUUGACACGAAAUUUUGGGAAAACAGUUUCGACGGAUUUGACAAAAAUUUUAACCAGCCGGAAAUCAUUGAUGCAGUUCUCCAAGAAUUCGACACAAAAACUAACUUUUGAUGAGCUUAACAAAAAGUUUAAACCGGCUCCUGAACUAACAAAAAUAAAAUUCUACUGCGAGUUUGCUGAUAUCAUUAGACAGGAAGUCGAGAGAGCCCUUCACGAGUAUUGCUUUGACAAGGACUUUGCUGACAUUUGGUUUUCCAAGAAGAACCUCUGAAUUUUCCAUUAAAUUCAAAUGGACAUUAAUGUUUUUUUUCAUAGUGAAUUAAUUUGUUCGUCUACAUUUCCAUACUAAAUAUAACAUUUUUUUUGUAAAUCACAUAAAUAAACUCACGUCUUUGUGUUUGAUAAAACUCUU